ACUACAUGUAGCUGCUAUAAACCUCUCUCUCGUUGCGUUCGACCUCUAUAGACAUGAACACGGACAAUGAUAAACCGUUAAAGCCCAAGAAUUUCUGCUCCAGAAAGAAACUGUUUGUGUUUUGCAUUGUUACCUUGAUAACUCUGUUUGCCUCAACAAGUCUAUUUCUUAGCCAUCCUAGGACCCACACUGGCAAGAAUGAAGCUUUGCCACACCAUUAUAUUGGAUUCAAAGACCUCACUCCAUAUCCGACAGACAGUUCACUGACCCCCUGCGAAGACAAAGAUCGGAAUAAACGCACAUACGAUUUACUAGGUAAUGAUACACUUAUUGUUAUCCAUAUUCAAAAAACGGGUGGAUCCGAUUUCCUUCGACAUGUUGUAACAGUUAGGAAAAACGGCACGAUUUUGUGUGACCUUCCUGAAUACAUUUUGCUUCGAGUCCAGAAAAGAUUAAGUCUACCGAAAGGAAAGCAGAGAAUUUUUUGUCCGAAACGAAAAUCAGAUGCAAAUACUACACAAUGGUUGCUAUCAGAGAAGACAGUUGGCUGGAAAUGCGGUGUGCAUCCGACCUUUUCAGAGUAUCAUAACUGUAUACAAGACCUCGAUGUUGGGGAAGGGAGUGAGUACAGUCAGUACCACUUCAUGACCAUUUUGAGACACCCUGUGUUACGAUUUCUGAGCGAAUUUGAACAUGUUUCUAGAGGAGCUCAUUGGUCAGCGAUAAAAAAAUGUGGUGGGAAAAAAGUAACUGAUUCAGAAAUGCCACCUUGCUAUCCACGAUUUUACGAGGGUGAAUCGUGGCCUAAACUGACACUGAAUGAUUACCUUGCCUGCAAGAGCAAUUGGGCCAAGAACAGACAAGUCAUGUGGUUGGCUGAACUGGAGACGGCCGGUUGCUACAAUCCGAAUUUUGAAAAUCGAGACGCAUUACUACUAGCAAGUGCAAAGUGUAAUCUGGAGAAAUUAUCAUUUUUUGGACUCACAGAAUAUCAAAAAGAAACUGCUUUUAUGUUUGAGAAAGUUUUCAAUGUGACAUUUUCAGUGCCCCCGGAACAGUAUGAUAUGACUUUUCUACACAGCGCCCCCAUUCUGCGUGAUAUUUGGAAAGAAAGUGAUCUCUACGAAAGGAUCGUGGCUGUUAAUGAUCUAGACAUGCAACUAUACGAGCAUGCACUCAGACUGUUUGCGAGACGUGCCAAGACAUUUGGACUUAAUACGGACAUCCAAAAAGUUGACGAAAGUGUGAGAGAAAUUCACAACUUUAACAUUAAUAUGACAGCCAAGAAAUUCACCAAAGGAAUUUUUGAUAUAUCAGAACAUACAUGAUGAUCGAUCACCAUUAUUCAUUCUUGUUCAUAUUAUUUUAUAUUCUGCACAUUUCAAUCAUUUUAUUUUUUUUUGCUUGUCCCUAUCAUCACUCUGCUUGGCUUUUCUCCGAGCUUUCAUAACCCCAACUUUGAUCAUUGUAUCCCAAACAUUGUACAACCAGCA